AUGAAAAAAGAGAAUAAUUCAAUUCUUCUUAGAACUCCGCUUAUGAACAAAUACGUUUUUGAAUCUAAUCAUUACAUCAUAUUCAAUCAAUCUUUUUGGGAUAAAGACUUCAGUUUGGCCAAAUCAAUCAGCGAGAAAAUAAAAGUGAUUGAAGCCAAGAUGGAUCAUGCAACUGACAUUGUUGUUAAUUGCACCACUGGAAUCUACAUCACUACCAUGCAACAGCUUAUUCAAGGUGAUGGCACACCAAGCAAUGAAUUCAUUGUGCUCAAGCAAAGUUUGUUAAAUGUAAAGCAACAUUUUCACGAGGUUUACGUUGUUGCAACAAUGCAAGAAUCACAAACUUGUAAAUUCCACAUGAUUGAAAAGUUGCAAAAACUUCAAAUUAUUUGCUUAUCAAUCAAUAUUUGUGUGCUUUUUGUGUCGCAACAAGAUUGUGCAUUUUGGUGUUUAGAGAUUAUCAAAUUGAAAAGGCCACAAAUAUUGAAACAAUCACCCUUUAAUGAAGACGUGUUGGAAAACGAGCAAGACCUUGUAUUCCUAGGUGAGUGUGGAUUGACUCUUUUCCAAGCUGUAAAGAUCUUAGAACAAUCUUCGCUUGAGCAGUUUAUCCAAUGUAGUAUUGAAGACAAGUUACAAAAGUUUGGAAACAUCAUUACUCCUGACUUAUUAGUACGUUUAUCUAAAAUUUUGUUAAAGUCAAAGUCAAAGUCAAAGUUAAAGUUGAAGUUGAAGUCACAAUCAAACUCACUUUUACUAAGACAAGGUACGGUAUAUUCUUCAUCAGAAGUUUACUAA